AUGGCACACAAGCGUUUGUUACUGUCGAUCGAAAUGUGCGCGCUUUAUAAAAAAGAACAUCGACGGCUCGGCGGCGUGAGCCGCGUGAGGCGCGCGUGGUUCUCGUCGAAAGACGAAGAAAAACAUCAACGGCUCGGCGGCAGAGGCGUGCGUGGCUCUCGUCGAUGCUACGAAAGACCUUCGAGAAUUUUCGAGAACAUGGCGUCUAACGCAGCAACGCGUUUAUUGCUCGAGUGGAAUGUCAGUGAUGAGGUAAUUGCAAAUUUUACAGCUCAAGAAAUUAAUGUAGAGCAGUUUAAUAUAUUAACAGAAGAGGAUCUUAAAAAUCUGAUUCCAAACAUAAGACCCCGAAGAAAAUUCCAGAGUAAAGUACAAAAAUAUUUUAGUGAGAUUCCACAAUUGCAUAUGCAAGAGACGUCACUGCAACAAGAAAAAUGUGUUGAUAUAAAUUCUGUAGAAGAUAACACAUUAGAACAACAAAUUUUACGAGCAAUAAUAGUUGAAGAUACAAAGGAACAAAAUUUUAAUGCCGAUAUUCCAAAUAACAGUUCUCUCAUAUCAACACAUGAACCUCUGACUAUAGUUACAACUCCAAAGCAACAAAAUUUUAAUGCCGAUAUUCCAAAUAAUAGUCCUGUCAUAUCAACAUCUGAAAUUCUGACCAUAGUUACAACUCCAAAACAAAAUUUUAAUGCCGAUAUUCCAAAUAACAAUUCUCUCAGAUCACCUGAAACUGUGAAUACAGUUACUCCAGUACUUAGUGAUAAUUUAUUGAUAAAAAGUCGAACAUCUGGAUCAGGUGUGAAACGACGCUUAAUUAGUGAUGAUGAAUACCAUGAUGGAAGAAUACCAGGUGUAACAUUGCGCAUAAUGGCGGCUGAAUACAAGAAGAGCCAAUAA